CGUACAUUAAUUUUUAUUUAAAACGAUUCCCUCAACAGUAACAAAUAAAAAGCCAUUCGAUUAUUCAAUUCGUAAAUUGGCGGUAAAACGUUUAAAUUCUUCGUUCAAAAGAUUCUGUCGCCAAGAGAAAAGUAGAUGCGCGCGACGGUCCCUUUCUUAUGUAGCUGAUUUCCUAUUGGCUCUCACGGUCCGCCAUCCCAUGGUGGCGUAGUGAUACAGCCCUUGGAGGCAGGUGCGCGCGCACUGGGGAACUACUUUCAGCGCGUUAAGCGAACAAUAGGGAUACCAGAAGUGUUUCGGACGCGGUCGUGUUCGUAUACGGUUGCCGCAUGUUUUUUUCUCGUGCUAGCUCGCGUGAACGUGUAUACACUUUUACUGGACGGUGUCGGAGGUGACAUAGAUUUCGGACGAUGUGCGUGGUCAAGUGACGGUACGCGGAUCUUACACUGAAGUGCACCGAAGUGUUGGUUCUGUCUAGUGUGUGCGCCCGGGCCCCGAUGAGUGUGUGUCUACCCGAUGUGUGUGGAUAAAAUUCACGGCAUCAUGUUGUUGCCACGCCGAAAAUUGGAUUACGCAUCGAUGGCGUUUCUCCUCUUGCCCCUGCUCGUGCUUGCGACCCUGCCCGCAGUAUCCGGUUUUGUGUCGUGUUCGCCGAGCCCCUGCAAGAACGGAGGAGUGUGCGUGUCAUCGCCACGCGGCGAGUCGCAUUGCAAUUGCACGUCGAAGUACGUGGGCGAGUACUGUCAGCACCUGAACCCUUGCCACACGGGUCCACGUUGCCAAAAUGGCGGCUCCUGCAGGGUGAAGGAGAGCAUCGGGGGUGGAACACCGUCGUUCACCUGUUCCUGCCCCGUCGGAUUUACCGCGAGUCUCUGCGAGAUACCGAUCGAGAACGCAUGCGACUCAUCGCCGUGUUUGAACGGAGCCACUUGCAAUCUGAAGUCGUUGCACGAGUACGUUUGCACCUGCGCCACCGGGUACACAGGCGAGCACUGCGAGCGACAAGACCACUGCGCCUCGUCGCCAUGUAGAAACGGGGCCGAGUGUCGGUCGCUGGAGGACAGCUACAAGUGCACGUGCGCACCAGGUUUUACGGGGCCGAAUUGCGCGGACGACAUCAACGAAUGCGACAGGGACCCGUGCAAAUACGGCUCCUGCACGAACAUUCACGGAUCUUACAAAUGCAUGUGCUCGACCGGAUACACUGGCCAGAAUUGCGAGAACGAGUAUAUUCCCUGCAACCCAUCGCCAUGUAAAAACGGAGGCACGUGUCGUCAGAUGAGCGAAUUGGAGUACGAAUGCAAGUGUCCCGAAGGAUUCCGAGGCGAGCAGUGCGAGGAGAACAUCGACGACUGUCCAGGAAAUCUCUGCCAGAAUGGCGCGACCUGCAUGGACAGAGUGAACGAAUACUCCUGCCUGUGUCCGCCGUCGUACACGGGCACGCAAUGCGAGCUGGACGUGGACGAGUGCUCGGUGAGACCGUCGUUGUGCCACAACGGUGCCACAUGCACAAAUUCCCCAGGCAGCUACUCCUGCAUAUGCGUGAACGGCUGGACCGGGCCGGACUGCAGCGUCAACAUCGACGAUUGCGCAGGUGCCGCUUGCUUCAAUGGUGCGACCUGCAUCGACCGUGUUGGCAGCUUCUAUUGUCAGUGCACCUACGGAAAGACCGGAUUGCUGUGCCAUCUCGAUGACGCUUGCACUUCGAACCCCUGUCACGAAGGCGCGAUCUGCGACACCAGCCCCAUCAAUGGAUCCUUCACUUGCUCCUGCGCGACUGGUUACAAGGGGGUGGACUGCUCGGAGGACAUCGACGAGUGCGAGCAGGGAUCUCCUUGCGAACACGACGGCAUCUGCGUGAACACGCCCGGCUCGUUCGCCUGCAACUGCACGCAAGGAUUCACAGGACCAAGAUGCGAGACGAACGUGAACGAAUGCGAAUCCCAUCCCUGCCAGAACGACGGCUCCUGCCUGGACGACCCUGGAACGUUUCGAUGCGUCUGUAUGCCUGGCUUCACGGGCACCCAGUGCGAAAUCGACAUAGACGAGUGCGCAGCGAAGCCCUGUCUAAACGGCGGCGUGUGCACCGACCUGAUCAACUCCUUCAAGUGUACCUGCGCGAACGGAUUCGCUGGUGCCCACUGCCAGAUCAACAUAGACGACUGCGCGUCCUCGCCAUGCAAGAACGGAGGCCUCUGCCAGGACUCAAUAGCCAAGUAUACCUGCGACUGUCCACCAGGAUUCACCGGCGCCUCCUGCGAGACGAACAUAAACGACUGCCAGUCGAAUCCCUGUCACAGCGGCACAUGCAUCGACGGAGAGAACAGCUUCAGUUGCAACUGCUACGCGGGAUUCACGGGGAAGCUAUGCCAGAUCCAGAUCGACGAGUGCGAGAGCAACCCUUGCCAAUUCGGUGGUAGAUGCGAGGAUCGCAUAAACGGGUAUCAGUGCAUCUGCAGGCCCGGCACGUCCGGCACGAACUGCGAGGUGAACGUGAACGAGUGCUAUAGCAAUCCGUGCAGAAAUGGAGCGAGGUGCAUCGACGGUAUCAACAGGUAUUCGUGCGAGUGCGAGCCAGGUUUCACGGGCCAGCACUGCGAGACGGACAUAAACGAGUGCGCGAGCAAUCCUUGCGCGAACGGCGGCCGCUGCAUAGAUCUGAUAAACGGCUACCGAUGCGAGUGUCCUCGCGGCUACUACGACGCUAGAUGCCUGAGCGACGUGGACGAAUGCGCGAGCAGCCCGUGCGUGAACGGCGGCACCUGCGAGGAUGGCGUCAACCAGUUCAUCUGUCAUUGCCUACCGGGUUACGGCGGCAAGAGAUGCGAGGCGGACAUCGACGAGUGCGGCUCAAAUCCCUGCCAGCACGGCGGUUCUUGCAACGACCGCCUGAACGGGUACAGUUGCAAGUGCGUGCCUGGCUACGCUGGCACCAACUGCGAGACCAACAUCGACGACUGCGCGAACAAUCCUUGCCAGAACGGCGGCUCCUGCAUCGACCUUGUCAACGACUACAAGUGCGUCUGCGAGUUGCCGCACACGGGAAGGAACUGCGAGGACAAGCUCGACCCUUGCUCUCCUAACAAAUGUCUCCAUGGCGCCAAGUGUUCACCGUCAUCGAACUUCCUGGACUUUGCCUGCACCUGCACCGUCGGCUACACAGGCAGACUCUGCGACGAAGAUGUCGACGAAUGCGUGAUGACCUCCCCAUGCAGAAACGGCGCUACCUGCAGGAACACCAACGGCUCGUAUCAGUGCGUCUGCGCGAAGGGUUACGAAGGACGGGAUUGCAUCAUUAACACCGACGAUUGCGCUUCCUUCCCCUGUCAAAAUGGCGGAACGUGCCUGGACGGCAUUGGCGACUACACAUGCCUCUGCGUGGACGGUUUCAGCGGCAAGCACUGCGAAAUCGACGUGGACGAGUGUCUGUCGCAGCCCUGCCAGAACGGCGCCGUCUGCAAGGAGUACGUCAACUCCUACACGUGUCAGUGUCAACUUGGAUUCUCCGGGAUAAACUGUCAAACCAACGACGAGGAUUGCACGGACAGCAGUUGCAUGAACGGUGGCAAGUGUAUCGACGGCAUCAACAACUACACCUGCGUCUGCGAACCAGGAUACACAGGGUCGAACUGUCAGUACCGCAUCAACGAGUGCGACAGUUCGCCGUGUCUGAACGGCGCCACUUGUCACGACCACGUUCAGUAUUACACUUGUCACUGUACUUACGGUUAUACCGGGACGAGAUGCGACGAAUACGUGGACUGGUGCGGGAACAAUCCCUGCGAGAACCAGGCCACGUGCGUGCAAUACAAGAACAAGUAUCACUGCAACUGCUCCCCUGGAUGGACUGGAAAGGUUUGCGAUGUGGAGAUGGUCUCGUGCAAGGACGCAGCCAUCAGGAAGAGAGUACCCGAGAAGAACCUCUGCAAUAACGGGACCUGCGAGGACAUUGGUAACAGUCAUCGCUGCCACUGCCUCGAGGGAUACACGGGAUCGUACUGUCAAGAAGAAGUCAACGAGUGUGACUCCGCUCCGUGUCAGAACGGUGCCACAUGCAAGGAUCUGGUCGGCUCCUAUCAGUGCCAGUGUACGAAGGGCUUCCAGGGUCAGAACUGCGAACUCAACGUGGACGACUGCAGGCCCAAUCCUUGCCAAAACGGUGGCACCUGUCACGACCUCAUCAGUAAUUUCAGCUGCUCGUGUCCGCCUGGAACUUUGGGCUUUAUCUGCGAGUUAAACGUCGACGAUUGCGCUAUCGGGACUUGCCACAACAACGGAACGUGUACGGAUAAAGUCGGAGGCUUCGAAUGCAGAUGUCCACCUGGAUUCGUCGGCCCCAGAUGCGAGGGCGACAUCAACGAGUGUCUGUCGAAUCCGUGCACGUCUCCUGGGACGCAGGAUUGCGUACAAUUGGUCAACAACUAUCACUGCAACUGCAAGCCGGGUUACAUGGGACGCCACUGCGAGGUCAAGGUGAACUUCUGCGACAGCUCCCCCUGCCAAAACGGAGGAGUGUGCACGGCCAAGCAAGCUGGACACACAUGUCUCUGUCCUAGCGACUAUUACGGAAGCAACUGCGAAUUCGCUGGUUCGUAUUGUGAUCGUGAGCCAUGCUUGAACGGUGGUACUUGCAGAGUGGCCGAAACAGAAGUCGGGUACAGGUGUUACUGCCCUCCUGGAACCACCGGAACGCACUGCGAAAUAGACGCUAGAGACGAGUGCGCGAGCAAUCCUUGUCAGCAGUCCAACGCAGUCUGCAAGAACCUGCUUGGCGAUUACGCCUGUGAUUGUCCACCUAAAUGGACCGGCAAGAACUGCGAGAUUUACGACCCGAAUUAUAGCGGAGGAAUCUUCGGCAGAGCGAACUCGAACGGCCCGAAGAUCAUGAACGCGUACGACAUGGAUUUAAAAAUGGAAAGGAAGAAGUGCAUCGAGAACAGAUGCGAGGAGAAGUCUGGGAAUCAUCAUUGCGACGAGGAAUGCAAUAGGUAUGCCUGCAACUUCGAUGGAAAUGACUGCUCGCUGGGGAUCAAUCCGUGGCGCAAUUGCACGGCUCCCAUCAACUGCUGGGACGUGUUUAUGAACGAUGUCUGCGACGAGGUGUGCAACAAUGCUCAGUGUCUGUUCGAUGGAAGGGAUUGCGAGAGAAAACUGGCGCCUUGCAACCCCAUCUACGACGCCUACUGCCGCAAGCAUUACGCCAACGGACACUGCGACUACGGCUGCAACAACGAGGAGUGCAAUUGGGACGGUCUCGACUGCGACACGGAGCAACCAUCGUUGGCCGAAGGCGUGAUCUCCGUAGUCGUGAGGAUGGACAUGCAGACCUUCCGUUCCAACGUGGUGGCUUUCCUCAGAGACAUCGGCCACGAGUUGCGGACCACAUUAAGGGUGAAGCAGAAUGAGCUGGGCAACGACAUGAUAUACCCUUGGAAAAGAGAAGGAGAGACUAGCAUGCAAACGAACUUCUUCGGUCGUCCCACCACCAUAUACACCAACAGCGAGAGCGGUGUGAUAGCCUAUCUAGAAAUCGACAACAGAAAAUGCACCGUCACCCAGGGAGCCGUGUGCUUCCCUUCAGCAAACGAGGCAGCGGAGUACCUGGCAGCCACCGCGUCCAAGCAUUCCCUCUCACCAAACUUCCCCAUUGAGCAAGUUCGAGGAGUCGUGGGGCCCCAGGGGCCCGAUUACCCGGACACCCCGACGAACUACAAGUACGUCUUCAUCGGGGUCGUGAUCGUGGUGCUCGGAGGAAUGCUCGUGGGAGUACUGGUCACGGCGCAAAGGAAACGUGCGGUAGGCGUGACCUGGUUCCCCGAGGGUUUCCUACGCACAAGCAGCGGCAGCGGACAGCGUCGUAGAUCGCGCAGACGGGGACCUGAUGGACAGGAAAUGAGGAACCUGAACAAGCAACCAUCGGUGAACUGCAUGGACCUAGAUGUCGGGAACGGUCGGGUGCAACAGUGGUCCGACGACGAGUCCGACCUCCCGCCCUCGAAACGAAUGAGAGCCAUCGAGCCUGGAUACGCCAGCGAUCACACCGUCAUCACGGACUACGAGGAAACCGAGCCUCGCAUGUGGACGCAGCAGCACUUAGAUGCCGCUGAUAUACGAAGACCAGACGCUGGAGUACUGACACCUCCUAGUUUAGAACAUGGCCAAGACGUCGAUGCCAGAGGUCCCUGCGGGAUGACACCUUUGAUGGUGGCCGCGGUACGCGGCGGAGGAUUGGACACUGGAGAAGAGGAAGACGAGAGCGACGGGUCAGCUGCGAUGAUCGCCGAUCUGGUCGCCCAAGGCGCAGACCUGAACGCCACUACCGACAAGAGCGGCGAGACAUCUCUGCACUUGGCGGCUCGUUACGCGAGAUCUGACGCUGCCAAGAGACUUCUUGACGCUGGAGCCGACGCAAACUCUCAGGAUAACACAGGCCGAACGCCCCUUCACUCCGCCGUCGCGGCUGAUGCGAUGGGCGUCUUUCAAAUACUGUUACGAAACAGAGCGACAAACCUCAACGGACGCAUGCACGACGGCACCACGCCACUCAUCCUGGCCGCGCGUCUGGCCACCGAAGGUAUGGUCGAGGAUCUCAUUAAUGCUGACGCUGACAUCAACGCAGCCGACAACAGCGGGAAGACUGCUCUGCAUUGGGCCGCGGCUGUGAACAACGUCGACGCCGUGAACAUACUACUCGUCCACGGCGCCAACAGAGACGCCCAGGACGACAAGGACGAGACCCCGUUGUUCCUCGCUGCCAGAGAAGGCAGCUUCGAGGCCUGCAAAGCGUUGCUCGAUACGUUCGCCAACAGGGAGAUCACCGAUCACAUGGAUCGGUUACCCAGAGACGUGGCCAGCGAGAGAUUGCACCACGACAUCGUGAGAUUGCUCGAGGAACAUGUACCGAGAUCCCCGCAGAUGGUGACCGUGAUACCGAACGGUCCGCUCAUGGGAUCCCCAAACCACCCACAACUAAUCACACAUCCCACAGUGAUCGGUUCAGCGCCGAAGCAAGGGAAGUCGAAGAAACGACCGAAAACCGUCGCAGCGGGAAACCCAAACAGUCCAGAAUCGGAAGGUGGCGUGGUGGUGGUAAGGCGAAAGCCAUCGGUGAAGAAGCCGCCAGCGAAACGAGGUGCUCAGCCCCCAAACCAGGAGAUCCCUCAGGGAGCAGAGGGCGCGGAGGGAAACUUGCCCAGUCCCUACGACAGCGCGAGCCUGUACAGCAACGCUCUCCCUUUGGUGGGUCACACGGCCACGGCGAAGCAACCGCCUCCCUACGAAGAUUGCAUAAAGGGCCAGUCCAUGCAGGGCCUUCAACAACUAGGGCUGGACACCUUCACGACCAACUACGGGUUACCUAACUUUCACGACCAGCUCCUGGCGCCUCACCAGCGACAGGCGCAAGGCAUGGUGAACACUCUGUCGCCGCCCUAUAGCAACCAGUCGCCACCGCACUCUGUCCAAUCGAACAUGACGCUGUCGCCUCAGGCAAGCUAUAUGGGCUCGCCCUCCCCGGCAAAAAGUCGACCGUCUUUGCCCACGUCGCCCACACACAUUGCCGCCAUGCGACAGGCGACGCAUCAAAAGCAUGGGGGCAUGCCACCCGUGGGCUUCGACUUCGAAAAUCUUCCCUAUUCCUCGAGUCAGCAGCAGCAGCAGCAGCAGCAACAACAACAACAACAACAACAGCAGCAGCAGCAGCAGAUACAACAGACGCAACAGCAAAUCCAGCAACAGCAGCAACAGCAACAGCAAAGCACCCAACAGCAGCAGCAGCAACAGCAACAGCAACAGCAGACGCAACAGUACUACCAGUACUUGACACCGCCCUCUCAUCACUCAGGACCGGACGUGACGCCACAACACUUGAUGCAGGCCCCAGAGAGCUUCCCGACCCCGUCGCCGGACAGCCCUGGCCACUGGUCAUCUAGCUCGCCUCACUCGAACAGCGACUGGUCCGAGUGCAUGGCCUCGCCUAACGCCUAUAGUGCUGGCGGUGCUCACCAAAGCAACAAGGGCUCCGAGGCGAUCUACAUAUGAAACCAGGCGAUGCUCCCUUCCUCGCGCGAGUCGUAAGUCGUAAAGCCGUGGGAACCCGCAUGAACUGUGAUCGACUCGUCGAGUUCGAGGGUGAUUCUCGCCGGAUGUGUACGCGCAGAAACGCCUCCAGGGCUUCCCCUUAAAAUCCCAGGUCCAUGCACUCCGUCCAGGAGGUGGAAAACUCUGACAACCAAACCAGUUGCGUACAGAUGUAAAUUUGAUAGCCGUUACAGGAAUUACUCGAGUUAAGUUGUACAAAGUUCAACAGUGGUUAUGCAAAUGAUUAUUCAGUGUUCCUUGGGAAAUUUACAAGACACACUAUAUAGUUGCAUCGAGUGGCAAAGGAGUCCAUCUGCUGGUACAGCCCUAUGAUAUUCACAAUACGGAUUCGUUAUUUAGUUUCAGGCGUAAAUAUUCAAACGUCAGUUUGUCAUUAGUGCAGGCACUCUCUAACUAAACCAGCUUCACUGUUGAUUCGCUGCAUCUGCCGUAAGAGAAUCAAUAGAAGAUGUACAAAAAUAUCGAAUAGAAAAUAUAUAUUUUUAGGGCACAAUUUACAAUAGACUCCUAGGCAAAGACAUAGUAGAACGAUUAGAUCUGUUGUGAAUCGUGUGGCUUGGUUACCAGAGUCUUCUUCUCGCUGAACAAAGUGUAGAUACUCUCCCGUCAAGUCGCGGACGCGAUGACAUUGCUCUCGAGGUCAGCCCACGCACCGUAGCUACUCACACGAUAGAAAUAUAGAUAAACAAUUGUGCACCCCGAAGGGAUAUUUUUCUGGGUCGCUGUUUACACGUAACAUGGUUCAUCGUGCCUUUCUCAUAUUGUAACCGCGAGGCGGUUUAAGUGUACGACGGGAGAUUGAAGUAGCCACAGGGUGGUCCACAGGUUUCCGUACAGAGCCAAUUCUGUAGUUGGAAGUAAGACGAAAAUGUCAAGUGCAUAUCUGUUUCAGGUAUUUUAAUGUAAUUGAAAGAAAAUUAUUCGACGUAUUAUUCAUACAUAUUUCUGAAUGAAGCAAUAGCAAGGAAUCGGAACAGUAUAUUUUUAUAAAUAUUUUGAAAAUAAGGUGCUACUGUAGUAUACAAUUCUGAGUCGUAUUAAUCACCUGAUAACAGAGACAUUAUUUAUAUACUCUUGCACUGUAUCGCAUUAACGGUGCAAUUAUUAUCCUUUCCUAGACAUUUCAUAAUUUUAUCAUUGCCUUUUAGGAAAGCAUUUAUGAACCUAUACUUGAGAAACAUUAUCGCCUAAUCUUUAACUACGGAAGGUGUUUGGCUAAGUUUGCGGGAACUCGUGGGGAGAUAUCCUGUACAUAUAUUUUCAUUUUAUAUCAACCGAUCCAUUUACUCGUAUCUCAGCUCAAUGAACAAUGGUGCCUUCGACUUGCCACAGUGUGAAGACCCGAUAGACAGUUAAAGCGAUAAGGAACGAGACCUUGCUAUCUACAAUAGUAUUGUAUAUAGGACAACAUAUAUGGAGAGGCGGAAAAUCAUACAGCGCUACACAUGUAUUCGACGAGGACGACUAAUAGAGUGUAAUAUGUAAUAAUUCUAUUUAAUAUGUAACGCAAAACAGAGCACAUUUAUAAAUAAAAUAUCUGUAUCUCCGGGGGAGGUCGAACACCCGACACGGCGAGCCCGAAUCCGAGGAGAAUCUCUGCACCGCGCUAGAAUGAUAAACCGAGAAUCGUGCCUUCGAAUGUCGUAGGGUAAGGGAGUAAUGCUGUAGGUAAAUCUAUUAAAUUAUGUGUUUUUCUUUCCCGAUGAAACGCAGCGUUUCCAAAUGGCCUUUAACGAUUUAACGUUUAUUACCGAUUAGCGGGGAGAUUUAAUGUAAGAUAGGUGAAACGGUAAAUGAUUUGUACGGUCGACGGGAGUCUCAGAGAAAUCGUCUUCAUCCCGCGAAUAAUCGUUCCAUACACAGACAUUCCAUUCGCUUGGCGCUACCUCAUCUAUUCCUCGUAUACUCCUGUCGAAAUGCUUCGCCGACUAGGAUAACCGCGAAUCGCUCUAUGAAACUUUUGCCAUCUUAUGCAA